AUGACGCCGUCUCAAAGCAGUCGCAUCAUCAUCAAUCCUACUGGAGACGCACUGAUAACUUUAGAGAGCCCAGGAAAAGUCUUUGCUCUCUGGAUAGAGCCCCUGGAUACUUUAAGCGAUUCAGAAGACAUAGGCACCGAAGAUUCAACUGAAGAACUCGACUAUGAAGACCAUAGCGAUGGAGAGGAGAUGCCGAAUUGGAUGAGCUCUUCUCAGCCAAUCUUUUACCAGGUUUCAUCAGCGCAUCUCAUCACAGCAUCCCCAAAAUUCAGAAGUGAGCUCCUGGCCUCUAGAGACAACCAGAAAGAUAGCAAUAACCUCCAUCAUAUCAAAUGCUCAGACUGGGACCCUGAAGCAUUCGAAAUACUACUCAACACAUUGCAUACUCGCUACCGCCGAGUGCCAAAGCAGCUGAGUUUGGAAAUGCUCGCUAAAAUCGCCGUAAUGGUCGAUUACUACAAAUGCUGGGAAGCUUUCGAACUGAUAUCUCAAACAUGGAUCAGACACAUUCGCGUGUGCCACCCAAUGCCUCAAACCUACAGCCGCGACCUAAUGCUCUGGAUGCUGGUCACAUGGGUAUUCAAACUACCGAAAGAAUUUAGCAGGGCCACCGCUAUAAUGUUGCGACAAUGUACGGAGUCAAAAAUACAAGACAUGGGGCUGGGAAUUCCACCAUCAAUACUUCGGACGGUGGAAGUCCGACGUUCAGAAGCCAUCGGGCAAAUCAUCGAGACAUUCAACUGCUGGAUCGAUGAGUUCAGCGACACCUACAGGUGCCGGGUCGACGCAGACUUGUCCUUUGAGUGUAGCUCUAUCUUACUUGGCGCGCUCAUGAAGCAGAUGCGAAAUAUCGAUGUUCUAUCACCUCAAGUCGUCGCGCCAUUUGAUGGGUUCAGUCUGGAGAAGGUCCAUGAGAACAUCAAAGCGAUACAAUCGCCGAUUUGGGAAACGUACGAUGGAGUUAAUGAGCUUUAUCCUAUUAAGCAUUCUUGCGGCUUUCAAGGCACGAUUAUAAGAGAUGUUGGGCACAUUAUUGCGAGGGCGAAGGGGCUGGUGCUGAAUGACUUUGUGGAUUGCAGUGAGAAUAUGGAGGUUUUGAGUCUUCGUUGUCCAUAG